CAUGGCCAGAGACAAAAAGUGCUGAAGGUGAUGGUGCAGCCCAUCAACCUUAUCUUCAGAUACUUGCAGAACAGACCCCAGAUCCAGGUGUGGCUUUAUGAGCAAGUGAACAUGCAGAUAGAGGGCUGUGUCACUGGUUUUGAUGAAUACGUGAUGAAUACUGAUGCAGAUGAGAUUCAUUCUAAAAUGAAGUCAAGGAAACAACUAGGUCAGAUCACGAUAAAAGGAGAUAAUAUUACUCUCCUCCAAAGUGUCUCCAACUAG